AUGAAUCUGGCAUGUCUGGACUAUAAGGAUGGAGAUUACGACAAAGCCUUGGAGCGCUUCAAUAAUGCAAGUUCAGUCAUGGGCUAUCAACCAGAACUCGCCUAUGCCAUAGCUCUCUGCCAUUAUCGAAAGAAGGAAUACCAACAGGCGCUGAAAUUUAUCACUGACAUCGUGGACAGAGGGAUCAAAGAUCAUCCAGGAAUCGAUACUAAUCUAGCGAACGGUUUUUCGAAAAAAUUACAGUAUCUGUUGAGCCAAAAUCCGUUUCCACCUGAGACGUUCGCCAAUCUGCUAUUGCUCUACUGCAAAUAUGAGUACUACGAUCUGGCAGCUGAUGUGUUGGCCGAAGAAUACCCACCUCACAUUCAAAUAUCUUACUCA